AUAAAUUGUAAAUAAAAAUGGAAGACGUUAAUGAUCUCUACACGAUGGCUCUAGGCGAAUUUUAUGCUCCAGCACCAUCAACGUCUUCCAUUAAAAAGCCUGCAAAAGUUCCCGAAGAUCAGCCAUCCACCUCGUCCGCACCUCCUACAACAGCUCUUUUCCGACAGCUUCUAAUAGGGUCUAGAAGUCAAAUAGAACGAUUGAAAAAAGAAAAUGAAGAGUUGAAAACAAAACUGAAGCACGCCACCUCAUCCGGCGGCGUCGUGAUAUGUCCCAAUUGUACACAUCAUUUCAAGGAUCGUCAGUGUCCAAUGAGACCUCGAGCUAUGAAGAAAAUGCGAGCUCGAAACUGCGUCGAAUUGGAAUUCGGCAAUUUGGAAGAUCUUGAAAUGUGGCUCUACCUGAAUCAGCUGGAGACAAAUAAUGACGGAAUGCCAACUGUAAUGAAUGUGAAAAAAGCUACGAAUUGUCCAGAGAAAUCUCUGAAGGAGUCCGGGAGCCUGCUGCCAGAGCUUGUUGAGAAGAAGAGAGAAGAGAAACGGCAACAGGAAGAUCAGAAAGCUGUGGUGCUGGAGAAGAGAAAACCUGUGACUCAAAAAGUACAAGAUCACCUGAAACGUCGUUCCAAGUCUCCAAUUGGACGGGGAAAAGAUCAAUCUGAUAAGGAUAUUAUUUCGAAUAAGAAGCGGAAGCUGAAUCGACAAUCAAAAGAAGAGAUUGAUGAACGGUCUAAGAUCGCAAAGAAAGCGCCAAUUUCGCAACGCGUUCAGUUUCCGAGGAUGCCGGCACCCCAGGCGCCGGACGCCGUAGCUUCCAAGGUUCGGGAACAGAAGCCUGUUGAUAUCACUCCGCACCCAAGACCAUCGGCUUCUAGAAAUUCGGAAUCUCAGAAACCGGUUGCAUCCAAGAUCCAGGAGAAGAAGACUGAAGUUCGCACAAAGUCUUCUCCAACGAACCCAAUAGUUAAUUCCAAGCAACCAAGUCAGAAAAAGCCUGCCGAUCUCACUCCGCACCCAAAACGACCACCAAUUACUCCUGAAACAUUGCCUUCUAGAAAUUCGGAAAUUCAGAAGCCUGCAGCCUCCAAGAUCCAGGAGAAGAAAACUGAAGUUAUUGCAAGAUCUCAGAAAUCGGAAGCGUCCACAAAAAUUGCACAGAAGCCUUCUCCAACGAACCCGACAGUUAAUUUCAAGCAACCGAGUCAGAAGCCUGCUGAUCUCACUCCAAAACCAAUCACCCUAGCUUCAAAGUCUCCAAUAACUCGGAGCUCCGAAGUUUCUACCGAGCCCUCAACAAAACCGAAAAGAGCUCCAAUUGUUUGGGAUGACAAGCCGAAGGAUUCAACUGCCAAAGAGCUUCCCAAAGAGCUUCCCAAGGCGAAAAGCCAUUUCGAGUUCAAGGUUAAGCCUAUCGAAAAGAAGGACGCUUCUCCUCCAAAGACAACCAGCACUUCAUCUGCUUCUCCACCAAAUCCCGAUCCAGCUAUGAAGCAAAAAUAUAAAUUUGUGCCGACUUCCAAGAAACAGAAGUUAACUGAGACAAAGAAUAAGGAUCAAAAAUCGACAAUAAAUGAAUCUCCUGUUGAAUGCCAGAACUCUGGGCAGAAUGAGGCUUCUAAUCCAACAAAGCUUAAGGAUCAGGAACUAAAUAAGCAUGUAGUGCCGAAGAAUCCGGAAGCCAUCGAAACUCCAGAUGAGCGCCAGGAAUCAGUGCAGAAGUCGAAUGAGGCUUCAGCAACUAGCUCAACGAAGCCAAGCGAUCCAGUCGAAACUCCCUCCGAUGAAGUGGAUCCUCAGGAAACCCAAUGGAAAGUGUAUUCUGUCAAACAAUCCAGGCCGGUUCUCGAUCACAUAUACAAAUUCGCGCUGGCACGGCAGUCAUUGAAACGACAUUGGAAUGAUAAGAUGAUUGUGCUGAAUGGUGAUGUUCCACAAGAGAAAGUAGAAGAAUCAAAACCACUAAGCAUCGCAGAAUCUUUGAAGCGGAUCGGUGUUUCCGUUGAAGGAAUAGCGGUGUUGCAGAAGCAACUAAAAGCAUCAGCUCCAGAACCACCAGUGCUCUCUACGACCGUCGACGAUGAAGAUGCUCUCGGAGAGUUCUUCCCAGACCUAGCCAAACGAAAAACCUCUGAAAUCCGUCCAGUCUCCGCUGAAAGCUUAUGGUCGGUGACAGAUCGUGAAGAAGAGGAGCUGAAGAUUCUGGUUAGGGAAGACUCGGUGGUGCCCCCCAGCGGGGAUUGUCUGAUGGAUGUGGAAGCCUAUGAGAUCACGGAAGAUCUGGAAAGUCAGACUUAUGAAGCUUCUCAAAGUGACUGGAAGGAGUUUUGUCUGGAAGACGUGGAUGAUGAUGUGGAUGAGACGCUACGAGAGAGGAAGCUGUCGGAAAUGGAAAAAUCGGCGGAAAAUCUGGAUGAGAAUAUGGAUUGGAUUGAGAAUUUGGAGGAGCUGGGCAAUGAUGAUGAGCAGGAGGAAGAAGAAGAAGAGGAUCAGGAGCAAGAGCAAGAACAAGUUGCUCCGAGCCGUUCGAUAUCAGUUCCUCUAGAAAUGAAAAAUGAUUUUGUGUUGUCCGAUGAGGAUGAUCCGGUCUCGCCAGUGACGUCUACGCCGAGGAAGGAGGAUUUCAAUGAUGAUCUGAGCGGCUGUCUGGAAGAAGACGAAGAGGACACUGAAAAUUUGCUGCCACAAGCCAAAGACGACAGCUUCAUCGACGAACUGGACUGGAAUUAUGGCACAGAUUAUGAGGAAGAGGAGGUGGAAGAAGCUGAAGUAGUUGUUGAAGAAAAAGACAACAGUGGAAGUGAUCAUGAUGCAACAUUGGAAGAUGGCGAAAUUUCUGAAAAUGAUGAUGGAGAAGAUGAGAAGAAAGAGGAAGAACCGAAAAAACCGAUUCGAGAACGAACUAAAUUCAUGAUCACGGAGGAUCAGCUUGGACCAAAAACCGAUGAAGAAGAAGAUGAGCCUCCUGAAAUACACCGGGCUCCACCAAGGAAAAGAAAAAUAAACUAUAAUCGGCAAAAAGGUUCUGAAGACAACCGACAUCGAAAUUAUCGCAAACGAGAUACUCGGCCAGCCACAUACCUAUCUCUUUUGAAACGGAGAAACUCGUGAAAUAAUUCAUAAUAUACCUGCAUAAUAAUUUUGCUUUAAUUUUUUAUUCAUUUGUACUUUGUCAAUAUCCGAUGAUUAUGAAAUUUGUAGAAUAUUUAAA